CCCGCAAGCAUCUAAAAGCCAUUGACUGUCCAUGACAUGACGCAGAAAGAGACAUAAUAAAAAAUUUCGUGUGUUUGGACGCUUUGUGUAUUCUAUUUCUGUCACGUAAAAGUAAAACUAGUUUGUGGAUCGCUUUAUUACGCAGUUAUUGUGAAUAAAAUCCAAUUUUUCUUUAUUGAAUAGUGCGAAAACAGAGUUUUCAUCAAGAAAUUGUUUUUGAGACACUAGUUUUUCGGCGUUAGUAAUUGUAUGAGUGCAUUUAACAAUGUCAGUAACCAUGGAUUGUUUUCAUCAGUAACGCGUUCUUGAGUAAAAGUUUUUGACAACUCUUCCUUCACCUCAAUUGCCCUUCUCCAAGUUUUUUCGUUUUGAUUGAGCGUUGUUUGUUAAAGAAGUUAAAAAAAAGUGAAAAACAGUGUUUUUUUUUCUCAGCCGGGGUCUUUUUUUAUAGUGUCCAGAUCGUUUUUGAACUCGACGAGUCUACUUUUCGCUGGCGAAACGCCCGCGAAUAGUUUUAACUCUAUCGUCAAGUUAAUCGCACCGGGAACUUUAAUAAAAAAUCACCAGUGUCAAUUUCAAGACGAAUUAAUAUUUUUCUUGAUUUGUGAUGUACCCAAAGUUUAGCACCGAACGAAGAACCAUUAAAUCAACAAUUAACUUCGUACACUCGAAGAGGAAAGGAAUCUUCAUACACAAGAAAAAAAUGUUCAAAGACACAAUAAGUCUCAGAAAUCGUAUAAGUUUUUUAAAAGCUCGUCGCUACUGAACGAUUUCAUUGAGAAGCUUUAUUGGGAUUUAAAAGUUUUUCUUUCACAUCAAGAUCAAUGAACGUAUAAAACUCUCGCUUAACGAUAGAUCCUGAUCUAUAAAAUUGUCAUCUUUGUUUAUAGAGAUCAAAAACGAUAAUAAAAAAAAAACAAAAAACAAAAUGAAGCUGUUAGAGAGUUCACGAUUUGAAGCAAUUAAUAGCGCUUUGUCAAUUACCACUGGCGACAGUAAAAUAAUCGGAAGGAUUGAAAGUUAUUCUUGUAAAAUGGCUGGAAAUGAUAAACAGCUUUACAAACGGUUUAAUUCAGAACAAGGAGUUACACCUCAUGAUCUUCAAGCUCUUUCACCUCCGCAAACAUCUCUUGGAACAUCACCAGCUCAAGGUUACUGCAGUCGUAGUAUUUCUGGGGACGAGGAAGGCCCUCUUUGUGACACAAUAAGUCGUAAAACUUUAUUCUACUUGAUUGCGACCUUGAAUUCAGCUUUUCAUCCUGACUAUGAUUUUUCCGAUGCAAAGAGUCACGAAUUCAGUAAAGAGCCGAGUUUACAAUGGGUAAUGAAUGCAGUUGACAGUAAUCUCAGCGCUACAGCAGGAGAUCAUUAUCGUACUCUUCGCACUGCACUUUGGGCUGCUGUGGAAGAUGAAAUUUCAAUGAAGGAGUGCGACAUUUACAGUUACAACCCAGAUUUAGCGUCUGAUCCAUUUGGGGAAGAUGGAUGUUUGUGGUCAUUUAAUUACUUUUUCUACAACAAAAAACUAAAGAGAAUCGUAUUCUUCACUUGCAGAGCAAUCAAUCCAAUCUAUGCUCUGGAUUCUGGCAUUGGGAGUGAUUUUGCAAUGGAUGAAGACGAGGAGGAUUAUUAGCUUUAAGCUACAUUAAAGUUAACAAGUUUUCAUUCAUAAUUAUUAUUUCAAUAUCGAAAUCUUUAUAUAUAUAUAUAUAAACUUUUUCUUCUUUCUCAACUGAUUUCUCCAUAAUAUUUUCAAAAUUAUUGACUUGUGAUAGCAUUCUUUUAUGCAUUGAUAUUUAUAUGUGUUAAUUUUUACGUGAUCAAUUUCCUGGUGAAAUAUCUUUAAAUAGAUAUUAUAAAUGUAAAAUCUUUUCUUGCAUUAAAAAAAUCCUUAGGAUUUCUUUUAUUUCUAAAGAAGUAGACUUAAAAAAGAAAAGAGUAAUAUUUCACAUUAUCAAUUUAUGUGUAAAACUUGCCUAUUUCUUUCUUUUUAUCCUUAUUGAUAUUUCUUUGUGUACGUAAUGAAUUACUAUUUACGUGAAAUGAGUUUGCGUGCUUCAUUAUGUUUGCUCAUAAUUGAAAAGUAGUUUAAAACAAUGCGAAAAGUUAAUAGAAAAUGGAAUUUUCAAUUGCAAUAUACUUGAGAAUUGAAUUUUGUGUUAGACACAAUGGAUUUAUAUAAGUGCUGUGUUUUGUUUUAAUUAAAUUAACAAACAGUUUAUACACACAGCUGUGCAGUGCACUGUAAAGUGUUCUUUUUUUGCGUAAAUCGUAAAAUGAUUUAACUAUGAAUGGUAAAUUUAAGAUAAAGUAUUUCAAAUAAAAAAUUGUCAAAGAUCUCAAUUCUGAUCAAUAACUUGAUCAUCUGUAAAAUGUAUCACAGAAUUUUGCUUCAAGGUGGUUGGAAAAAUUCACCAAAUUGUAACUUUAGAUUACGGUGCACUUAUGUAAUAUUUAAAAAAAAUUUGAAAAAUACAUCUUCUAAUUGCUUA